UUCACCUGUAGAGUUGUUUUAAUCAACCCGCCUCACAGUCCCCAACUCACUUCUGGAAGACACAGGGCAGGAGGUGGUCUACUCACUGUGGGAAGAGGGAUGCUGGCCUUGAACUUCAGCCUCCUCCAGCCAAUGCUGCCUGGGGAUCUCUGACCUGCUGGCCAGCGGACUCAUUCCAGGGGGACCCUUCUGAGGUGGGCUGCCCACUCAGUGCCAGGGCCCUGGAGAAACCAGAUGAUCACGAAGCCAGAAUGGAUCCGGAUAGUGAUCAGCCCCUGAACAGCCGUGGUGCCAGAAAUGCCACCUCCCUGCACAAAGCCCGCACACCCCUGGAGAAUUUCAAAAAGGUGGGGGUCCCCAUCAUUGCAGCCCUGCUGAGCCUGGCUACCAUCAUCAUCAUGGCUGUCCUCAUCAAGGUCAACUUGGACAAAUACUACUUCCUCUGCGGGCAGUCCUUCCACUUCAUCUCUAGGAGGCAGGUGUGUGAUGGCCAGCAGGACUGUGCCCUGGGGGAGGAUGAGCAGCACUGUGUCAAGAACUUCCCUGAUGACCCUCCUGAAGCAGUUCGCCUCUCCAAGGACCGAUCCACCCUACAGGUGCUGGACCCAACCACCGGGAACUGGGUCUCUGCAUGUUUUGACAACUUCACAGAAGCUCUGGCCAGGACAGCCUGUGGGCAAAUGGGCUAUGACAGCAAACCUAUGUUCAGAGCUGUGAAGAUAGGCCCAGAGCAGGAACUAGAAGUUGCUGAAAUCACAGAGAACAACCAGGAGUUUCAGGUGCAAAACCUGAGUGGCCUGUCCCUAAAGCAGCAGCAGUAA